UUUUUAUCAAAGCGUGGGAGGAAGUGUUUUGGUGUUUACGCGAAAUAAAUCAAAAUAUAAGAUUUUUUUUAGAAAAACACCAAUAUCUGGUUAAACAAUCCUAUCUUUAACAGAAUAACUUCAGUGUCUUACAGUGUUGUUAAGUAUUAUUAUGAGUUCGUGGUUCUAAAGCAAGCAUACGGAGAAAAAAAUAAUAAAAAUGUGUGAAAAAUCGAAGUUUAAAGAUAUUUUAGAACCUAGGAAGACUGAAUCUGGUAUAUUUAGUUUUAUGUCCAAAGCUUGGUACCCGAAGAGAACACAAACUUUGGACAAAAUUUAUUCUCCACAAGAUAUCAAGGAUGCUGCUGCUUCUUCUCUGUUUAUGGAAGCAAUUAUUGAAGCGGAGAGUUCCAAGAGUGGUGUCAGCAAAGAGAAGCUGCGAAGAGAGGUGCUUCAGUACAUCAAUGAGAUUGGAAUGGAAAAAAAGAUGCAUGUCAUCAGGUGGAUAGGCAUUCUAUCAUUGAAGGUUGCCUUCAAAAUGAACAUUGGAAUCUAUGUGAAUGAGCCUGCGGUUUUAAAAGUAAAAUCCACUAUGGGCAACAACCCAGUCCUAUUCUUGCCUACACAUCGUAGCUAUGCCGAUUUCUGUAUUCUAACUUACCUCUGCUACCAUUAUGACAUUGAACUACCUGCUGUUGCCGCUGGGAUGGAUUUCUAUUCGAUGUUUAUAAUGGGCCAGCUGAUGCGCGAGACGUGUGCCUUCUACAUCCGCCGCACGCUCACGGGGGCGCCACUGUACGCCGCGACCCUCAAGCAGUACGUUCGCUCGCUGGUGGCCAAGCACGCGGCGCCUGUCGAAUUCUUUCUAGAAGGCACUAGAAGCAGGAGCAAUAAGAGCUUACCGCCUAAGUAUGGUAUGCUCUCAAUGACGCUGAUGCCGCUGUUCGCCCGCGAACUAUCAGACAUCACAGUCGUGCCGGUCAACAUCAGCUACGACCGGCUCAUGGAGCAGAACCCUUACGCUUACGAACUGCUAGGUGUGCCCAAGCCGAAGGAAACCACUAAGGGCCUCCUAAAAUGGAUAACCACGUUAAACGGCCACUUCGGCAACAUGUACAUAAACUUUGGUGAGCCGAUGUCAGUUCGAGACUAUUUGAAAUGGACACCGUACACCGACGAGCGCCUCAAGCCUUCAGAGUUGCAGACAUUAUCGCCUCAGCAGUUCAGCCAAGUGCAAGACGUGGCAGAUUAUGUCGUCACACAACAACAGGCCAAUUCUGUAGCGACUAUAUCAAAUUUACUUGCGUUAGUGUUAAUGGAAAGUCUGAUGAAUCAACGAGCGUUGCCGUACGAUGAAGUUAUAGUAGAAGUGGACCGAAUGAUAAAGGUUCUGAGAAGUUUAGGAGCCACAGUAUUCGAAGACGAUGUGAGAAAGAAUGUUGAUAGAGUAUUAGUUGUUCAGGCGAAGUCUUGGAAGUUAGAUAAAGAUAGACGACUCCGAAUCAUUUCAUCGGAGCCUAUAGAUGUCACGGAUGAGUUGAAGAAGAAAAUGAAAGGUCACACAUUAAAAGCGGAGACAAUGGUGAAUGCGAUUCCAAUAAUCCAAGUUCAAAUGUACGUGAAUCCGAUGCUACAUUAUCUCGUGCCUUCUGCGCUUAUAUGCGUUAUAGUACAAAGGGGACCGCAUACAUAUGAUGAUCUAGCUCGGCAUUAUAAAGAACUAAGAAAAUUAUUGCGGCACGAGUUUUUCCACAUUGAAAAGACUGAAGAACAGACGUUCCAAGUGGCGUAUGAUUACUGCGUGCGAAACGAUGUGGUGCGUUCCGAUAGCGAGAAAGUUACGAUGGGAGGGCCCGAGGGUGUCCGGUUGAGAAGUCUCCUCCAGCGAGCCGUGUGGCCCGCUCUGUCCUCCCUGCUAUUAUGUGCUGACGUCAUGACUGAGCUAAAGACAUGCGAGCACAACCGGGCGUUGAAGCUAGUGCAGGAGCGUGCAGAAAGCGGCCCCUACCACCCAUACUGUCUCAGCCUGGACUCCGCCACACAUUGUCUGCAAGGGUUCGUGUUGACUGGCGCUCUGACCAGGGAUAAGCAAGCUAAAAGCACAAACUACAACCUGGUGCCAGCGGUUAUGGCGGAGUGCCGCAGCUUAGUUCGCUCAGUACUGCCAUCCUUUACCGUCGACUUCAGCUCAAGGAACGCGGUCAUGCUCGACUAUAGGACCAAGUCUCACUUGUAACGCAACAGCUCAUAAUUGUACACUCGACAGCUCCUCAGCCUAUACUAGCAAAAUCAAAAAUCAAAAUCAAAAAUAUUUAUUCAGUACAUUGCUGUUGCAAAAAUAGCACCUAUUGGAACAUAAGAAGGUUGAGUGUUUAGCCUAGGCGCAGAUCGCCGACUUUUAGUUGGCGGAUAGUUGGGCCCGAUUCUAAUUUGUAUGAAGAAUCGGCCGAUACCAAGUCGGCGUAAUGCGCGCACUUUGAUACAUCUCCAUACUGAUCAACAGCCCGACCCAACUAUCAUCCAAAUAAAAAUCGGUGGUCUUCGCCUAAGCGUAGGUUGAUGUGCUGUCGUCUGUUAUAAUAAAUUAUUAUAGUUCAAUUAGACAUUCUCUUGUCUGCCAUAGUAUAUUAUAUUGUAAUAAGCGUAAGCGUUAAAUAUAUCUAUCUAUAUUAAACGCAAUUUUUGCAAUACUCCAUUCAAGCGAUUAGAAAAUAUACAAAUCUAAAAUGUAUUAUCGAAAUAGAUACCCAUUCCAACCCCAUUUACAUUUAUCUCAAGUUGCUUGAUAUCGAAUAUAGUUUUUAUCUCCGGUUGCGUCGUAGAUAAUGGGAAUAUACUAUACUGUUUGUUUUACCUGCGGUAAUUGUUCUGUAUUUAUUUUAUAUGCUGUGAGUAUUGAACUAGUCCAUUUGUCAGGGCUUAGUAUUUGCUUUUCGGCACUGUCAAUACAUCGAAGUCAAUAUAGCUUUAUUAGUUCAUGGUUAAUGAUACGAUCAAUUAGUACUAAGUUUAUCAAUCUCACUAUUACUUUAGGGAAUAUAAAACAUUAGUCUCCCAACGAUAUGUGACGUGGCUACCUAUAAAGUAGUGCGAAUUUCGGUACCUAUAGAUGAAACGAAGACGCGCCCCACCAAUUUUUGGUCGAGGGAAGCGCGGGGUGCGGGGAGUUUGAUCCGAGCAAUCCGAGCGUCAUUAUUGUAGUGUGCGUGUGCACUCAUGGAUGAUUUGGCGUGUACCGAUAACACUCAAACAUUAGCGGAAGAAUGGUGGGGCGCGUCUUUGUGGAUGAAACUAUCUAUAUCUAUCCUCGUUUGAAUGGUAAUUGUAAUACUUUUAACUGAUGUAAGUCGACUUGUUGUUGCAAUAUGAUUAAUGAAUUCUGAAAAUUGAUUUAAUAUACAAUUAAUGUUAACGUAUUAUACAAAUUCGAAUGUUUUCGAUGUCACAAAUAUGCAAUCAGUAAAGGUCAGACAAAUUGAGCCCGACCUUCAUGAGUGAAUAAGUGAAAGCAUAUACCUAUUUAAAAACAAACUAGAUUUUUUGUUAUCAUAGAAUGUCUACCUGUCAUAAUAAAGUAUUCACAUCAAUUUGUAUUAUUAGGUGUAUCAUAAUCUAGUCUUUAAUCUUCUUUGCCUGGCCCAUCCCCAUUUUAUUUGUGGUAAUCUAGUCGCUUUAUUCCCUCUUCUUAUUUUUUUAAUGUUAGCCUAACUUCGAAGUAUUUUCUUUCUAUCCUUAUCUAUAAAGGUGUAGUGCUUAAAUAUGUACACGUUUUUUGCCAUGUUUAUUGUGCCAAGUCAGUAAACUGAUAAACUUCCUGCCUAACAACUAAUAGCGUGAUGUUGAUAAAUAAAUUCGUUGUUAGAAUUAGCUGAUAAUAUUAAAAUAUUAGGGGUUUCCAAUUGAGUCAAGUGAAUAGUUGUGAUAGGUAUGAUUGUCACUUGUGAAUAACGAAAUUUUUACAGUAUAAAAGUAUCUGGAGCUAAAAAAAUAAUUAUUUUUAGUUAAUAAUAAUUAGAAAAUUACCUGAUAUAAACUUUAUGUGAAAGUAUUGAUUUAGAUAAAUAUUAUAAANAAUAUUAAGUUAGAUCGCCGUCUUGGAAUAAUACACAUUAACCUAUCUAAUCAACAUACUAAUACUAACUUUGGUAUUAGAUAAAUUAUUUUAAAUACAAGUUCCUUAUUGUAACUUAUCAAGAGAGUCUGGAAUCUUUCCAAGUGUUUGAAACAAUUCGAAUAUUUAUAUCUAGCGAUUGAUUCGUACCAUCCAAUCUAGUUCGAUGUGAAUUGACGGCCAUUUUAACUAGUUCAUUGUGAUAAUUUUGAUUGGUGGUGUUAUUAGUUAUUAUUUUAGUAUUAUUUAUUUUGUAAUUAUGUGUUACGUCCAUACUAUGUAUAGUAAUUUAUGUGUAUAUAAUGGAACUCGAUUAUUAUUGUGUUGAUUUGUUUUAAUUCAUCUCAUUGCAAUGUAAUAAUUACCAGUUAUUUGUUAAUUAAAAGCUUUUACAUGAAGAUGUAGUUUUAUUAUUUUUUAUCCACAACGAGAAUCCUCUUGGCCUGUAUCUCUCCUCAUCUUAUUUACAGAAUGAAAUUAAUGGGUUUAAUAAAAAUAAAACAGUGUCGUUAUAGAUAAACUUUCUAUAUUUACAACUUUGUUUUCGUCACAUCGUCGGACCUAACAUUACAGUUCUACGGUGCAGGUGUUUAGAAAACAAAAGAAGAAAAACAAAAGCUGUGAUAACAAAAUAACACAUAAAUAAAAAUAUCUUACAUAAUAAUAUUCAUUAAAAUUUUAUGUCGGACGUCAGCAAAAGUUAUUUUAAGUCUACGUAGACAUCUUUACGGGUAUUUAAAAAAACUAGAAAUUUUGUUAUACAUGUUGUCUUUUGAUUAUACAAAACAAUUUCGCGCUAGAAUUCGAAAAUGCAUAGAUUAAUACUUAUGUACAUAAACCCUAUUUACAUUUUAUACAUAUUAAGAGAAACAUUUACACUUCAGAAGCGCAUUCGCAGCAUACUCCGAAAGGGGAAGUAGUUUAUAUUGUAAGGGGUAGUUUACAAAACAUAAUCAGAGGCCUGUUCCCUUUACGGAAUUUCUAUUCAAUACAACAAAAAUGACGAAGUUUUAAAAAUAAAGGAAAAUGUCGAUAA